ACACCCAUCCAUUGUCUAUCCAUCCAUCCAAACCAGAGGUAGCAGAGAAGCGCAAGUGCACAGUUCGCACUGCGAGCGCAAGAAAAAGGCAGCAAUGGCGAGGCAUCGCCUCUCUGCCGGGGGCGGCGGCCUUCUUGCCGCGCUCCUUGUCGCGGUGGUUGCAGCGUCCGCCUUCCAACAAGCGGCCGCUGCUGGCCGAGGCCUUGCCGGCGUCGAGCCGGAGCCUAAGCCUAUGCCGCAGCCAGAGCCAAAGCCGGAACCAAAACCCAUGCCAAAACCGGAGCCCAAGCCCAUGCCAAAACCAGAGCCAAAACCUGAACCGAAACCUGAACCCAUGCCUAAACCUGAACCGAAACCUGAGCCGAAGCCAGAACCAAUGCCCAAACCGGGACCGAAACCUGAGCCCAAACCUGAACCCAUGCCCAAGCCCGAGCCGAAGCCAGAGCCCAAGCCGGAACCAAUGCCCAAACCAAUGCCUAAACCAGAGCCGAAACCUGAGCCGAUGCCUAAACCGGAACCAAAACCAGAGCCCAUGCCUAAGCCAAUGCCAAAACCCGAGCCAAAACCAGAGCCCAUGCCCAAACCGGAACCAAAACCCGAGCCCAUGCCUAAGCCAAUGCCUAAACCCGAGCCUAAACCCGAGCCCAAACCUGAGCCAAUGCCUAAACCGGAACCAAAACCCGAGCCCAUGCCUAAGCCAGUGCCUAAACCUGAGCCUAAACCCGAGCCUAAGCCUGAGCCAGUGCCUAAACCUGAGCCUAAACCUGAGCCCAAACCCGAGCCAAUGCCUAAACCUGAGCCAAAACCUGAGCCCAAGCCCGAGCCAAUGCCUAAGCCGGAACCGAAGCCUGAGCCAAUUAAACCGGAACCAAAGCCUGAGCCCAUGCCUAAACCAGAACCCAAGCCUGAGCCAAUGCCCAAACCAGAGCCAAAACCCGAACCCAAGCCUAAGCCAAUGCCUAAACCAGAACCAAAGCCUGAGCCCAUGCCUAAGCCCAUGCCUAAACCUGAACCAAAACCCGAGCCCAAGCCUGAACCGAUGCCUAAACCAGAACCCAAACCCGAACCAAAGCCUGAGCCGCCACCGAAGCGCAAACCGCCGACAACCGACAGUUGAUCUCUUCCUCUCUCUCUAUACAUAUAUGACAAUUGAAUGAGGAGACACCUGGAUGGAGCUAGCUAUGUAUCGCCACAGCGUGCUAUCUCUUGAAUAAGUGGCUUGACAUCGCAUCAGGCUAUGUCUAGAUAGAGAUGAUGCAUCCUUUUUGUAUUUCUUGUAUUAUGUUCUUAAUUCAUGUUGUUUCAUGCACGCAUGAUGAGUAUUUCUACUUUUGUGAUUAUUGUACAUUACUCGUGUGCCGUGACUCAUUAUUUUUCCUAUAUGUAUCUCUAUGUACAUUACUCGUGUACAUGACUCAUUAUUUUUCCUCUAUAUAUCUCGGCAAAUUUCCAUUG